AAGAUUAAAAUCAUUCACAGCCACAAAUGUUUCAGAACUUCGACAUGUAUAUGAAAAGAGAGCUAUCUUGCAGCUCUUGCUUCUGCUUCACAUCACAACUAUUCAGUGAAAACGUGUAGAGAGAGAGCACUGUGUUUUCUGUUUUCUGGAGGAUCGAUCAGAAGCAAAAAUGGCGGAACCAAAGCUGAGCAGCAUAAAGGACAAUAGGUGGUCACUCCAUGGCAAGACAGCACUUGUGACAGGAGGCACCCGAGGCAUUGGACAUGCCAUCGUAGAGGAACUGGCAGAAUUUGGUGCAGCUAUUCAUAUAUGUUCACGAAAGCAAGAUGAUAUUGAUAAGUGUUUGGAAGAGUGGAAGAAGAAGGGAUUCAACGUCUCUGGUUCAGUCUGUGAUGUCAAACAUAGCCACCAACGACAGAAGCUUAUGGAAACUGUUUCCUCAAUCUUCCACGGAAAGCUUAACAUUAUGGUGAACAAUGCAGCGAUAGAAAUAACAAAGGACAUAUCAGAUCACACUGCUGAAGAUGUAUCAACUAUAAUGGCUAUAAAUUUUGAGUCUGUGUUUCAUUUGACUCAACUUGCACACCCACUUCUUAAACAAUCUGGAUGUGGGAGCAUAGUAUUCAUUUCAUCCAUUGCUGGUUCAAAAGCUCUUCCAGCUUUAUCUGCUUAUUCAGCCACUAAAGGAGCUAUGGAUAUAUUCACUAAGAGUGUAGCAUUGGAGUGGGCAAAGGAUAACAUUCGCGCAAAUGCUGUAGCACCUGGACCAAUUUGGACUCCACUCUUUGAAUCUUUCAGGGAAAAUCUUGAACCGAAAGAGCGUGAUGCUAUUACAUCCACGGUAUUUUUGGGUCGUGUAGGAGAAACCAGGGAAGUAUCACCACUCGUUGCUUUCCUUUGUCUUCCAGUUGCAUCAUACAUCACUGGCCAAAUUUUCUAUGCUGAUGGCGGUUUGACAUCUUAAAUUUCAAUUAGUGACUUCGCAAUUAAUUAAGACUCACUUCUAUCCUUUGAAUUGCUUACUAUCAUUGGUCGGCCAUCUUCUCCAUUUAUAUCUUAAGUUUUUAUUAGGUUAAAAUACUCUAUUGGUCCACCUUUUUAUACCAAAAUCUCAAAUAGGUUUUAAGAUUUUUUUUUUAGCUUCAAAUGGAUCCACAUUUUUUUAGUGUCAAUUAUGUUCAUAGGUCUUAAAUUUUCAAAAUUAUGGACCUCAUUGAGACUAAAAAAAUUCUUAAAACUUAUUUGAGAUUUUGGUACAAAAACGUAGACCAAUAAAAUAUUUUAACUUUCUUAUUAUAAGCAUCGUCUAACAUCAUGCAUGUAUUUGACCCGUAUGUAUCUUAUGCCCAAUUUUUUGCUUAAUAAUUAUAUAGAUGUCGGUGAUAUUACAUGAAUUAAA